UACUGAUCACUUGUUCUACUGAACGUGGCCAUUGACGAAUUGCUCAACUGUUGUGCAACUGUUGAGUUCGCUGAACGUACCCAAUAUCAGCUGUUUUCGUAGAGGCGCUGUUGCAAUUCGAGAAAUUAUCUCAUUUAGAAUUAAAAGUGUAUAAACUCCACGCUUUUUAAGUCUGUGUUCUGAAGAGAAAUUGAGCAAUUGCAAUGUUGUUGCCUUCAAUUAUAUUAAAUAAUACAUACAGAAACAUUUCUACAUCAGCUGUUACAAAUCAAAUAAUUAAAUUAAGCCGAUUGAGAGUGGUGGAUAAUAGUGAGAUAGGAAAGCAAGCUAUGAUGGAGGGUAGACCACCACGAUGCAUACAUGUCUACAACAAAACAGGAGUUGGAUUGAUCGGAGAUAGGAUCUUGGUGGCAAUAAAAGGUGAGAAAAAGAAAGGAAUAUUAAUUGGAUUGAAACAGAAACAAGCUCCUAAGGUUGCCAAGUUCGACAGUAAUAAUUUGGUCCUCAUAGAUGACAAUGGAACUCCUUUAGGUACACGGAUACAUGUUCCUAUUCCUCAUAUACUGAGAACAAAAAUGAAAGAGAAAACUCAUAGCAAAGGGGCAGAUUACACUAAAUUACUAGCAAUUGCUUCUAGAUUUGUAUAAUAUCUUUCACCUACUAUUGUAAUAUGUAUGUGUUGUAUAAUAAUAAACUAUUCAUUCUAUAA